AAGUUAGGGAGAGACGAAGGAGCCGGUAGAAGAAAUCUGCAGUUUUGACUGAAUCCAUCAACCCGUGCAGCAGAGAGAGAGAGAUGGAGCAAACCGAGGUGGUGAAGCCCGAAACUCUGGACGAGCUGAUCAAAAUCCUUCAUAAAACCUUCGAGAGUGAAUGCAUCAACGUGGAGGAGGUUCAAGAUAUCAUGGAAUCCUAUGAGAGCCAGCCUCACGAGUGGAGGAAAUAUGCAAAGUUUGACCAGUACAGGUACACAAGGAACUUAGUGGAUGAGGGCAAUGGGAAGUUCAACCUCAUGAUUCUCUGCUGGGGUGAAGGACAUGGCAGUAGCAUCCACGACCACACAGACUCCCACUGUUUCAUGAAGCUGCUGCAGGGCCAGCUGAAAGAGACGCUGUUCGAGUGGCCAGACAGCAAAUCACACGGAGACAUGGUCCAGAAAUCCCAGAGGAUUCUCCAGGAAAACAAGGUUGCGUAUAUCAACGACUCCAUCGGUCUGCACCGCGUGGAAAACGUCAGUCACACAGAGUGUGCGGUGAGUUUGCAUCUGUACAGCCCGCCGUUCGAGACCUGCCAGACCUUCGACCAGCGUACAGGCCACAAGAACACCGUCAAGAUGACCUUCUGGAGCAAACACGGUGAAAGAACUCCAUUUGAGAACACAGUGUCACAAGAAAACAACUAGAGGUCACCGGUUUCUGCUCCAGACGAUGAAAACACUUGAGCUUGAAACGUUGAUGCUACGAAAUCCAUUCACAGAAAACUGCUGUAAAAUGCAAAAUGUGGGCCCGCAACGACCACGCUUCCCAUUUCAAAAUUAGGAGUGGGCUGGAUUCAAAGGGACAAUCCGCUAAUUAGAAUGGCUUUAUCGCUGCCCGGUGUGAACUUGGCAAAUACUGAUGAGCGCAGGACGAAUGCAUGAAUAGGCUCGGACGUGGACUGAAUCUGUCUUUUGUUUGCUGGGCCUGAAGAGAGCAUUUUCCCAAAAACAACAUUCAUGUCUGUCCAUGACCUGUGCAACCACACUUUAUAGUCGGAGUACAGCUUUAGCAUUUUAAAAGGAGUAAAUAUUGCUGUUUCAAAGUUCUUUUGCAUAUAAAUAUAAAAAAAAUCUUGAAAAACCGAAACCAUUUCUGCAAUCCAACAGCUCAUUUCUCUAUUACUGCUAAUUUACGCCACUCAAAAUUGUCUGUUGAAAUUUGUCGACAUAACUGUAAAAUUAUUUGUACUGUUUCACUGCAAAAAAGUUUUUUGUGUUUGCAAUAGGAGUAAGAAGUGUAAAGCUUUAGUUGUGUUGUUUUUAAAAGUUUGAUGAUUGUAAUUUAUUUACAGGGUAUGCCGUUCGCUGAGGGACGUUCUUUUUUUUGUUUGUUUAUUUGUUUUUAUAAUCAGAAAGCUUCUUUAAACUCAAGAGAGCAACCACGGAGAAAAUGAACAAUUUUAUAUUAUUUGGAGAAAAUAUGUUUAGUUUAAAAACUCACACUUUUCCUCAGGAUUUGUUUGAUUUCACCUGCAUUUAUAGACAAUAAUCUCCUAUAGCGCUGUCAGGUAAACACAUGAUUUGUGUUGCAGUAAUGAAUUUGGUUGUGAUUUCAGACCAAUAAACACGUAUUCUUUACACAAAGAAG